UAUGUUAAUAUAUAUAAUAAUAACCCUACAGCAUUAAAUACAAAGCAUAACACUAACUUACAGCUCCUACAGGAGUUUAUAUUGCAGUAUAAACUUUUAGAGAGCUUUAAAUGAGUUAAUCAGUGUGUUUCUGUGUUUGCAGAUGUUCCUGCCUGUGAAGAUCAGAGAUCAUGUAUCUGUGUAGUCUGUCAGUCAGAGCACUUUUAUUCGUCGGGGUCUGUCAGGUCGGACGUAGGGGCUUCGUCUCGGCCACAGAGACUAAAGAGCAGCCUAAAAAAAUUGCUGUGAUUGGAGGAGGAAUCGGAGGAACGUCAGCAGCGUAUUUCCUCAGGCAGGAGUUCGGAUCGUCGGUGAAGAUCGAUGUGUUCGAGGCAGGAACUGUAGGAGGACGUCUGGCUACAGAGAACAUCAGAGGACAGGAUUAUGAAAACGGAGGCUCUAUUAUACAUCCGCUCAAUUUGCAUAUGAAGCACUUUGUAGACAGACUAGGUUUGUCAGCGCGCGCUGAUGUUUCUUCUAAAGCAGCGAUCUUUAAUGGGAAGGAGCUGAUGUUUGAGGAGAGUGACUGGUUCAUCGUGAACUUCCUGCGCAUGCUGUGGCGAUACGGCUUUAACUCGAUCCGCAUGCACAUGUGGGUAGAGGGAAUUCUGGACAAGUUCAUGAGGAUUUAUCAGUACCAGCAGUUUGGAUACUCCUUCUCCAGUGUGGAGCAGCUGCUGCAUGCUAUGGGUGGAGAAAGCUUCCACGUGCUGCUGAAUCAGACGCUGGAGGAGGCCAUGCUGGCUGACGGCUUCUCCCAGGUCUUUAUUAAUGAUAUUGUGACCCCGAUCACGCGGGUUUACUACGGACAGAGCGUUCGUCUCAGUGCUUUCGUGGGAGCCGUAGCUCUGGCGAGGGCCGACUCGGGCCUUUGGGCGGUGGAUGGAGGUAAUAAGAGGGUUUGCUCAGGCCUUCUGUACCACAGCAAAGCUGAACUCAUCCAGGCCAGAGUCACUGCCAUCAGUACCAGGACGAGGCCGUCUAAAAGCGGCACUGUAACGAACUUUUACGAAGUGAACUACGUCGGCGACUCUGGCCACGCCCACUCCCUUUAUGACAUUGUGAUCGUAGCCACGCCCCUUCACCAGGGCCUCUCAGACAUCAGCUUCUCUGGCUUCUCUCCUCCAAUCCCCUCCCACUUCCCCGGCCGGUACCACCAGACCAUGGCCACGCUGGUCCUGGGCCGGGUCAACAUGUCGUACCUGGGGUCAGAUCAUAAACCAGCAGAUUUUGUGUUUUCUGAUAUUCUGACCACUGAUAACGAGGAGCUGGAGAUAAUCAGCCUGAGUUCUCUGGACCCGAUCAACAUUCCCAAGGGCUACCAGCGUCCACCAGCCAGCUCCAGCAAAGUGUGGAAGAUCUUCUCCUCGACGCCGCUGUCUGAGGAGCAGCUGGGGGCGAUAUUUGAGUCUCGGGAGGGGGUCUGGGUCAAGCCCUGGCUUGCGUACCCGUCCUACACCCCCCCUCAGCGCCGCAUGCCCCCCUUCAUCCUCCACGACCGGCUGUUCUACCUGAACGCCAUCGAGUGGGCCGCCAGCAGCAUGGAAAUGAGCGCCAUCGCCGCUCGGAACGUGGCGCUGCUCGCCCACCACCGCUGGCAUGGCCAGACUGGCAAAAUUGACCAGGAGGACCUGCACACCCGCCUCCGGGGGGAGCUGUAGAGCUCAGUCCUGGAGGAUCACAGCACUGUAGAGUUCAGGAUUCUACCUCAUCAUGCAUUCAGAGUGGGGGUUUGAUGGGAAAUUGGUGUUUAUUAUAGACAAAAUUAGACUAUGUUCAUAUAUUUGCAGGUAAUAAUGUAAUUUGCAUGUAAAUGUAAAAAAGAAAUAAAAUAAAAAAGCAUAUUUUUAUUAAAAUAUAAGUGCUCUAAAGUCCCUAAGAGCUCUAAGCCCCCUAAUUAGACUUACUAAUAACUACAAGUUACUUUACAUGGUGGCACUAUAAUCAAAUGAAUAGGCUUAAUAAACCUGCAGUGAAGAAUAUUGUUUGUUAAACUUUUGUUUCAGUAUCAUAGAGAAUUGUCUUGGGAUAUACAGCUCUGGACAAAUUAAGAGGCCACUUCAGUUUCUGAAUCAGUUUCUCUGAUUUUGCUAUUUAUAGGUUUAUGUUUGAGUAAAAUGAACUUUGUUGUUUUAUUCUAUAAACUACAGACAACAUUUCUCCCAAAUUACAAAUAAAAAUAUUGUCACUUAGAGCGUUUAUUUGCAGAGAAUGAGAAAUGGCUGAAAUAACGAUGCAGAAAAAAAAGAUGCAGAGCUUUUAGACCUCAAGUAAUGCAAAGAAAACAAGUUCAUUUUCUUAAAGUUUUCAGAAAUCAAUAUUUGGUGGAAUAACCCUGGUUUUUAAUCACAGUUUUCAUGCAUCUUGGCAUCAUGUUCUCCUCCACCAGUCUUGCACACUGCUUUUGGAAAACUUUAUGCCUUUACUCCUGGUGCAAAAAUUCAAGCAGUUCAGUUUGGUUUGAUGGCUUUUGAUCAUCCGUCUUCCUCUUGAUUAUAUUCCAGAGGUUUUCAAUUUGGCCAAAUCAAAGAAGCUCAUUAUUUUUAAGUGCUCUCUUAUUUUUUUCAGAGCAGAAACAGCUCCCUCUAAUUAAAAUACUGUUCUUAAAAUACUGUGAUCUAAUUGAAAACUGUAGAUAUUAGAUUCAAACAUAUAUGUCUCAUAUGACCAAAAAUAUUUGCUCAGUUUUUACCUGCUGUCUGAACAUAGCCUGUUUUUCUCUGAUUUUCUUUACAGCAGUGGUAGUGAAUGGUAGAGCUAAAACACCAAUAAAGUAAUUUUAAUUUUAAUUUGAAUGGGUAAAUUAUUAAUUAAUAGUUUUUAUGCUAAUACUAAUCAGGGUCUUUAGGUUUUAAAAGCUUUCUGUGAGCCGUUGUUGAUUUACAGUUGAUUAGUCCAUUGUUUUUCUGUGUAACCACCAGUUUUUUUUUUAUAAUAUGUGAAACUGUGAGCACUGCAGCAGAGUUAGUUUCAGAAGCAAGUAAUUAAGCAAUAAUUAAAAUAUCUCAUUCCAAACACCCCAAGUGGGUUGAGAAAUAUAUGCCAAUAUAUGCCAAUAAUCACUCAUUAGCAUAUUGAUUUUCUUCUAUAAUAAUAUCCACCAUUCAUAAUCAGCAACAUUUCAACAUUUUCAAUGUUUCAAACUUUUUUCUUUUGCUUAUUAAUUAGAGAAGAAAUGAUGACCUGGUGGCGACACGUUCUUUUAACCUCUGAGUGGUCCAGCAGCCCAAAGAUUGGUUUAAAUUAGUUUAAAUGCUGGGUCAUGCUGCUUCUCCAUCAGCAGCCAGAGUCAGAGAGAGAGUACUGUAGGUCAUGCUGUUUCUCUCUGGGUGGGUACAGAAGGAGGCGCUCUCUCCACUCGUCACUUUCAUUCAUUGUGAUGCUUUGUGGUGCUGGUGUCUGUUAGCUGAUAUUUCAGAGCUUUAUUAUGACUUUAUUAUUGAUUUUAAAUCAGUUAAAUAUAGUUUCAAUAUGCAAACGCCAACAAAAAGGUGUAAAGAAGCUUAGCUUUGUGCCUUUUGUGAAGACUAGCAAUAAUUAGAAAUGUGAGAAAGCAACUAGAAAGACCAAAGAUUGUUCUGUUAAAUUUUUCAUUCCACCUUAAAUGGUGCAGCACUUCUUUGGAACUGCUGAACUAUUUAAGGUGGAAUGAAUUGGGACAUCUGUGUCUGAAAUGUAAGAAAUGCUACCAGUUUUGUCUAAAUCAAAAUUCAGUAAUCUAGGCUUCUGUUUUAUUGGGUUUAAUUGUGGACACAGCUAAAUGCUUAUACUCUUGGUAAUAUUGGCAAUAUAUAUUUUUUUGUUUUAUUCAAAUACAGAGACAGAGCAAGUCAUCAAGUCUGCAUUUCAGAGAAUUCAAACAAGAGGAUAACUGUGAUUUAUAUUUUAUUGUUGUACUAAAUCAAUUUAAUAUAAUUAAUAAAGGUAUAUAUUUAUUUGCCACGAAAUUUGAUAUCUGUUUAGGGACCAGAGAAUUUAGAUUUGGAGCUGGUGUAAGUAUCGGUUGGCUUGGAGAUUUGAGAUCAUGAUAAAAGUUCAGCGUAAAAUUGCACAAGUAAUCAGGUGUUGUGAGUAAAAGCAAUGAGAUUUAAACUCAUAUUGUAGGUGAUCUGUUGUCACUGUGUUUAUAUUUUUGUGGAUAAAUGUGAUUUGUACUAAUUUUGCAAGGAAAUGUCUCCUAAGACUAACUGUUGUUUACAUGCAAUAAUAAAACUAUAAUGUUUGAUUUUU